GGAGACAGAAGUCGUAGGCUGGUGAAAUGCAAAGCUCGCAUUGUUGAUCUGGCGCGUCAAGACGUGGUGUGGCUGCAACGCAAGUGACGGCGGUUGAAGCGUGCUUGCAUGGGAUAUACUCCUUCCAUGUCCCCCUCCCUGGCCUUGCCCAGAGACCCCACCACCACUAGGCCCUGGCCCAAACAAAUGCCCCGGAAAAUCCGCCCCCGUCGGACUCGAACUUGGUGUGAUCGCAAAUGACGACGUGUGCGAGUGCGAGGACGACAACGAGAGCGACGAGCUGUGUGAAAGGCUGUGUGAAUGCGAUGACAACGAGGAAGGAGAAUGCGACAGGGAGUGAGAAGGUGAGUGAGAAGGAGAAUGCUGGUGAGCUAUGUGUGAGUGAAGAGUCGGGAUUGUUAGCACUGGAGGAUGGUGGGGAUGCGGUUGGGACUGGGGCUGGGAGUGUGGAUGCGGAAAUGAUUGUUGAUGCGAUUGAGCAAGGGGUGAGUGGGCAUGUGGAUAGGGACGAGGAGAUGGCGAAGGCGAGUG